CGUAACUAUUCAAAAGCUCAAGUCUUUCUAAAUUCUAACUUCUCCCAUUGGUUAUCUUUCAUCCAAUAACUUUCCUGCAACUUACAAACGCCUCGAAAAGUCUGAGAUAACAGUACAAGCUAAGGUUCAUCAAUGGCGACAUCAUCAAUCCGUUUCCCCGGUUUUGUCUCAACAAACCCUGCCGGUUCUAGACCGACAACCUCAAAGAACAUCAGGGGUUUGAAAACUUUGGGUUUGGGAGGUUUACACCUAUGCUCCUCAGUCCUCAAAACUAGCAAUAAGAGUUUGCAAAGUAGCUUUGUAAACCCUAACAGAGGGCUUCUUGUCUGCUUCAGCGGCACGGAACCAGGAAUUCCCUUGCCUUCAGGACCGCCGGAUUCGAAUCCACUAAAGGGUUGGGUGAUAGGGCUCCUGAUAUCAGUGGUUAUACCAUUUUUCCGUCAUAAAUUUGGAUCGUUUCUGCAAAUCAAAAGCGCUAUAGACAAGGUGGAAGAAAUCGUGCACGGCGUAGAGAAGGUGGCGGAGGUGGUGGAAAAGGUGGCGGAAGAGAUCGGCGAGAAUCUGCCGGCCGGGAAACUGAAAGAUGCGGUGGAGAUGAUCGAACAUGUGGCGGAGAAAGCUGACAAGGACGCCGAAGCAUUAGGAGAAUUUAUUGAUAAGGUGGAAGAAGUAGGAGAUAAAUUGGAAGAUGGGGUGGAGUCAUUGGUGGAGUUGGUGCACCACAAAGAAGAUGAAGAUGAAGAUGGUGCAGUGAAAGUUGAGCAACCUCCCAAAGAGGAAAGUUUGUAGGGCUAAAUAUUCAUGCAAACUUAUAGCAAGAAUUAUUAUUUUUAAAAAAUUUAUUCAUAGCAAAAUAAUGUAUAGCAAUUUCAAUAUUCUUUUGUAAUUAUUUUAACAUUAUUGCAAAGACUUUGAAUAUCAAGUGAUUGUAUUUAUGUGUUUCAAUGCCAACAUAGUUUAACUAGUUAA